AUGACGCUCUACUACAGUCUUGUCUUCGCCCUUCUCGUCUUCGAGAUGGUCGUCUUCAUGUCGCUGAUUGUCCCCAUGCCCUUCAGCUGGAAGCGCAAGCUCCUGACCUUCAUCUCUGAGAGUCCUGUCAUAGCAAAGCUGCAGUACUGGAUAAAGGUAUCGUGCUCCACAUCGUCCAGCUCGCUUGUAGCUCCAAUGCUGACCCUGGCAUCAGNNAUCACCUUUGUCUUCAUCCUGAUCCUGUUCGUCGACAGUGUCAACCGCGUUUACCGCGUCCAGCUUGAGCUUGCCAAAGCCAACAACGCCAACAAUGGCGCCGGUGCUGCUGCCGUUGGUGGUAUCGAACGCAUGGAGAUCCAGGCUCGCAAGUUCUACUCGCAACGCAACAUGUACCUCUGUGGCUUCACCCUCUUCCUCUCUCUGAUCCUCAACCGCACCUACACCAUGAUCCUUGACGUCCUCCGCCUCGAGCUUGAGAACAGACAGUUGAAGGGCACCGACGGAUCCAAGGAUGCCAAGCUCAACGAGGUCAGCAGCAUUGGCGAGGUCGGCCGCCUGAAGAAGGAGCUUGCUGCCAAGGACCGUGACAUCGAGACUCUCAAGAAGCAGGCCCAGGGUCUCUCUACCGAGUACAACCGCCUUGGUGACCAGGUCUCUGGCAACUCCGACAGCACCCCCAAGAAGGACCGAUAA